AUGCAGUCAGUUGCACACAUAGGAUGGAGUAAUCAAACGUCCAUCACGGAAUUCAUCCUUCUGGGAUUUGGGAAUCUCUCUGAAAUGCAAAUCCCUCUCUUCCUGAUGUUUCUACUGAUUUAUCUUGUGACCAUCUCUGGGAAUAUCCUCAUUGUUACACUAGUUAUGGUGGAUCAGCACCUUCACACUCCCAUGUACUUUUUCCUGGGGAACUUGUCAUGCUUGGAGACCUGCUACAGCUCCAUCAUCCUGCCCAGGAUGCUGGCCAGCCUCUUGAGUGGGGACAAAACCAUUUCUGUCAGAGAUUGCUUCUCACAGUUUUAUUGCUUUGGUGAUCUAGUAGCAACAGAAUGCUACCUGCUGGCAGUGAUGUCUUGCGAUCGGUAUUUAGCAAUAUGCAAUCCACUCCGUUAUGCCGUUAUUAUGAAUGGCAGGGUUUGCACCCGGCUAGCAGCUUAUUGUUGGACAGGUGGCUUUCUGGGCAGCACCACAGUAAUCAUUUUAAUGUCAGAACUAAAGUUUUGUAGCGCCAAUGAAAUCGACCAUUUCUUUUGUGAUUUCUCACCCAUAGUGAAACUCUCAUGUACUGACACCAAACUUGUAGAAUUUUUGGUCAUCACACUGUCUUCAAUAUCUUCACUGAUCCCAUUUUUGCUAACCCUGACAUCCUAUGCUUGCAUCAUAAGCACUAUCUUGAGAAUCAGUUCCACAUCUGGGAGGCAAAAGGCCUUCUCUACCUGCUCCUCUCACCUUGUCAUUGUUGCAACCUAUUAUGGGACCCUGUUUAUUGUCUAUUUGGUUCCAACAGACUAUGUUUCAAAGAGCUUACACAAAGUGUUCUCGGUCUUUUACACUGUCCUGACCCCCAUGCUCAACCCACUCGUCUACAGCCUUAGAAACAAAGAGGUGAACAAAGCCCUGAGAAGAGCUCUCAAUAAAAUAUAUGGUUUUGCAAGAUUUCCAUUCAUAAAAUUUAACCAGAGGGAUAUGAACUAG